AGGACACUCUGGCGAACGCCGCUAUCACAGCGAUGUCUGCGUGCGCUAUUGGAUCCAAUCGAGGUUAUGAUGAGCUUGUGCCACAUUACAUUGACGUAGUCAACGAAGCACGCUUGUACUCGUCAUGGGCUGAUUCUGCUGAUGCUGAGGACAACUCUGUGGUGAAUGACCAUACUGGCCUGAUGGAGGCGAGACGUGCCAUCAACAAACUGCAUGUGGAGAUGGGCCAGGACAACUUCUGUGAGAUCUACGUCGAUCAGGUCACCCCCGAGGUACUUGUGAUUACCCGUCACAACCCAGAGACGCGCGAGAGUGUGCUGCUGAUUGCAAACUCGGGAUUCAACAAGCACUAUAAGAACAGUGGCUACAUCCCCCCGGUGACGGUUGUGGGCAAGGUCACCUCCAUUGCACUAGAGGCUUCGAUGAGUGUCAUGGCACGAAGGGAGAGCAUGCACAUCGACAAGACCAACACCGACAGAGCCGUGCAACGAUUCAAAAAGGAUGACAAGUUCAUCAAUGGUAUCAAGGAUGUCAAUGUGUACACUGCACAAGACGUGUCUUGGGACGAUUCAAAGUUCUGCACGCUAGAGAACACCCACGAAGGUCAGACCGUCCACAUCAACGCCAGCGAGUUCCGCAGUGGAUCUGUGCUGAUUAUUCGCACAGCCGUGCACGACAAGGCGCAAAAAGCUUUGAAGGAACUGGUCGGCUACAAACAGUCUUCGAAGAGUGAGCUGCACAACGCCCUGGCGAAGCUCGAUCUCAUGCAGCUGAACUAUCUCAUCUAUCGAUGCAAUGCCGAGGAGUGGGACGAGGAAAGCGAUGGCGCAUACGACCUACCGGGACACGGGCCUUUGAUCUACGCCGGUCUUCAGGGUGUGCAGACAGUUGUUGAAGAAGUAUGCAAGGAUAACGGGGGUCUUGGUUCCGCACUCGCCAACAAUUUGCGUGGCGGUGAUUGGAUGAUUGACUGGGCUGUGGGACGGCUUUCGAAGAAGUCAUACGGCAGAGAGGUUACGCAGUGGAUGAAUGGCCGGUUUGAUGCGAUCAAACAGCUGCCAAGGUUCCUAAUCCCCGCAUAUUUCUGCGACGUGUGGACCUUCUUGUACGAGUCCGCUUGCAAUGAGAGCAUCAAGCGUAUGAGCCCCUUUGUCCGCGAUGGGGAUUCGCUGGUCCACAAAUUGGCGAUGACAUCGAUCCAACUGAUGGCCAACCUGAGGUCUGCACCCACCCGUGACGCAUCCCUGCCACCCCCCCAGCCCGCUAUCCAGCCCGGGGCCGAUGGAGUCGAGGAUCUGAGCGCUUCCAUGGCCGCUGGGCUACCCCAUUUCUCGCAUGGCAUGAUGCGUGCGUGGGGACGUGACACGUUCAUUGCACUGCGUGGGCUACUGCUGGUCACGGGACGACACGCAGACGCCGCGAAGCUGAUCAUUGGAUUCUCCGGAACGGCCAGGCACGGUCUUAUCCCCAAUCUGUUGGAUGCCUCACGAAACUCGAGAUUCAACUGCAGAGAUGCCGUAUGGUUCUGGUUGCAGGCGAUCCAAGACUACUGUGAUAUCGUCCCUGAUGGUCAGGCUAUACUGGACAUGCCUGUGGCACGCCUGUACCCCACUGACAAUUGGGAUGACUACUCGCCUGGACCCAUGGCCAAGUACACCUACAAACAUGAUGCCGUGAUCAUGCCCCUCCGGGAGGUGAUGUUGGAGUGUCUGCAGAAGCACGUAGAUGGCAUUGACUUCAGAGAAUGGGGUGCAGGAGACGCUCUUGAUCGCAACAUGAAGCCCGAAGGCUUCAAUGUGAAGGCGUACGUCAACCACGACACCGGCAUCGUAUACGGUGGCAGUGAGUACAACUGUGGCACGUGGAUGGACAAGAUGGGCGAGUCACGCACCGCCAACUCUACUGGUCACCCAGGAACUGCUCGAGACGGUGCGGAUGUGGAGAUUGUGGGACUGUGCAAGUCGACACUGCGAUGGCUCUCUGGGCUACACAAAAAGGGGCUAUUUGUUGCAGGUGUGAAUCAGUUCUCAUUCGAAGAGUGGAACAACCGACUCCAAAACUCAUUCGAGAAGCACUUUUUCAUCCCCCAAGACGCGGCAGAGGAUUCGCAGUACAAUGUGGACCCUUCUAUUGUCAACCGCCGCGGCGUGUAUAAGGACACUGACGGGUCUACCCAGAAGUACACAGAUUAUCAGUUGCGGCCCAAUGUCUGUAUAGCGUUGGCAGUUGCACCGGAGAUGUUCAAGCCCGAACACGCACAGCAGUGCAUAGAGGUGGUCGAACAAGUGCUGCUGGGACCUUUGGGAAUGGCUACGCUGGACCCAUCGGACUGGAACUAUCGGGGCGACUAUGAUAACGCCAAUGAUUCAGCCGACUUCCACAUUGCGAAGGGUUUGAACUAUCAUCAGGGUCCCGAAUGGGUAUGGCCGGUGGGCUACUUCCUGAGGGCCAAGCUUAAUUUCCAGACUUUCGACGCGAAUCAGAAGAGGCUAUGUUACGCUAGGAUUGGCGGAAUAACUGUCAACCACCACAAGCACAUCACUGACAGUGUGUGGCGGGGUCUGCACGAGCUAACCAACAGUAAUGGACAGAACUGCAACGACAGCAGUCCCACACAGGCAUGGAGCACGUCGUGUCUGUUGGAUGCCUUCUGGGAUGCUGAGCAAGGUCUCAGUCAUAUUCAGAACACCAGAUAGAGCUCACCGGACACGGAAGGGGCUUGUUUGAUGAAUCUCAGAGGUGUCUUGUCCACAUUCAUAUACAUGUCAGUAAUUAACGAACGGCAUAUCGAGUGCAGACCAUCAUAUAAUUCUUUACUAAAGUAGUAUCAAUAAAGCUCUAGAUAUUAUUUUAACUACGAGCUAUUGUAUAUUCAAUUUGUGAAGCAUAUCCAGUUUAUGUGAAUAAAUCCGCAAAGAGACCCUUUUCCAGCACCGGAGUUGUCUCCCAACUAAAAACGUGGGUGCUCGUAAUCGUUGCUGGACAUAUACGCAUUUGCUUGUAGUACACAUGCACGGAUAGCUUAACAGAGUAUCGAUGGAGGUACAAUAAGAUACUCUUUGGAGGUGUGUCUCGCAACAUCAAUGACUUUUCAAUAUAUUAUAUAAUAAAAUAUGUUGUACAAUUUCACUAUCGA